CAAAUUUCCCCUUACAUUGCAGCACUGGGAAAACCUGAGCUGAACCCCUCCGCCGUCCGGCUAGUGGCUACUACUGUUACCUUUAGGGCAGUGUGCCUCUGAGGCAGUAUUUGUUACCCUAAUACUAGGGGACCAGUAGUUCAGCCCUUCACUGUGCUGGCUGGCUUUGUUUAUAUCUGUUCCUCGCCGCUGCUCAUGUAAUGCACUCCCUUAACCAGGAAAUUAAAGCAUUCUCCCGGAAUAAUCUCAGGAAGCAAUGCACCAGGGUGACAACGCUAACUGGAAAGAAAAUUAUAGAAACUUGGAAAGAUUCCAGAAUUCAUGUUGUGGAAGAAGUAGAGCCCAGCAGUGGGGGAGGUUGUGGUUUUGUGCAGGAUCUUAGCUUGGACCUGCAAGUUGGCGUUAUUAAGCCAUGGUUGCUCCUAGGGUCGCAAGAUGCUGCUCAUGAUCUGGAUACACUGAAAAAGCACAAGGUGACUCAUAUUCUCAAUGUUGCAUAUGGAGUUGAAAAUGCUUUCCUCAAUGACUUUAUAUAUAAGAGUAUUUCUAUACUGGAUCUGCCUGAAACCAAUAUCCUAUCUUAUUUUCCAGAAUGUUUUAAAUUUAUUGAACAAGCAAAAAUGAAGGGUGGAGUGGUUCUUGUUCAUUGUAAUGCAGGAGUUUCCAGGGCUGCUGCAAUUAUAAUAGGCUUCCUAAUGAAUUCUGAAGAAAUCUCAUUUACCAGUGCUUUUUCUUUGGUGAAAAAUGCAAGGCCUUCCAUAUGUCCAAAUGCUGGUUUUGUGGAGCAGCUUUGUACAUAUCAAGGAGGCAAAGAAAGCACAAGGUUGGACAGCUGUGGACCUUAUUCACAAAUAAUACAACAAUCUGACCAAAAGCCACAGUGUAUGGCUCUUUGACACUGCAAAUUAUUGGUUCAGUUGAGAAGCAGCUACACCCGGAUCGGUCAAUGAUUGGUCUCGCCAUUGAAAUACUUUGGUCAGAGGAACCUGGAGCAAAUGGGAAGUCAGUCAUUUUCUUGUAUUAUAUGUUAAUGAUAUCAUCUCUCCUAAUUAAGGCUCUAUAAUUGUAUGAAAAUGUGUUUUAUAAAACUAUAAACUGCUAUACUAAUAGUAUUAUUUUGUUUUUCUGAAUUGGUCAGAAAAAUCUCUUAGUCAUUCUGGACAUUCUUCAGAAGCUUCUCUAUUUUUAUAAAAUAUAUGUUGUCAGCACAGGAUAUGUUAGUCUUUCCAUACAAUGCAGAGUGUACCAGCCUUUUCUGGUUUGGUAUCACAGCAUAUACUAGUGCUUUCUAGGUCACAGCAUGGAGUCUAUCUGUCUUCCCCCAGUCUAUAGCAUGGAAUAUACCAAUCCUCCUCCAGGCUUUAGGAGAACCCUUGAAUUAUCUUUACUUUAAAUAAUAAAAUGUCAAAUAAUAUAAUUCAUUAGUUAAUGAACAUGCAAAUAUUCCAAAUAACAAAAUUUUUUGUUACUGGCAUUAGAAUUUUAUUUUCUCUUGUAAUUUACAGAACCUCCUAUAAUGCAACCCAAUGUAAAGCUAGAACUAAUACUACUCUUCAUAAAUUCUCUCAAUAAAUAUUGUGCUUCUUAGGA